GUCACCGUGCCUCGCUGGGAAAUGCUCCAGAUGAAGAUGAAGCAGUCCGUCUGACGGGGGAGGGACUUCGUGGGUGAGAACGGAGAAAUGAGCGGAAAGCUGCAAAUAUGGCGACGCGUGUCAAUUGCUGUCAAAUUCUGCACUCCCUGUGCCUGCGUAGAUAGCAAGCGCUUCUUGCAUCAGGGCCCAGAUACCAUCGAGGAGCUUCUUGAUAGGCAUCUUGUCAAGAAGGAUAAGCCCCUUGACGACGAAGAAGAAGAAUUGAUUAAUCGGAGGCGACUCACCAGCACUCGCCGUGAAGCACUCAGCCUUUACCGCGAUAUUCUUCGCGCCACCCGAUUCUUUGUGUGGCCUGACUCCAACGGCAUCCUCUGGCGUGAUAUUCUCCGACAAAAUGCUCGGAAGGAGUUCGAAGAGGCCCGCUUCGAGACCGACCCUGAAAUCGUCACCCGAUUACUCAUUGGUGGCCGUGAGGCUGUCCACUCUGCACUUGAAAAGCUCGCCAAUCAGAUUCAGAAGGAUCGUGGCAGUGAGGAUCCACGUUGACAUAUCCUCUUCUCCCCAUCCCUUGUGUGUCACCCUCGCGGAACAAUUAUGUAAUGCUGUAACAAUCUUCUAAAGGCAAUGAAUUUGUUUAUUUCUUGUUUGCGUGAUUUACAAAUCUGGAUAUUGUAUGUAUUCGCUUAAAGAUAAGGCUUCGAACUGAAAACUACCAAUGAAGUUGUAGAUAUUAUUCAAAUUUCAGGCAUUAUAUAUAGAAGACAGAAGAAAACGGUGAAUUGAAAUGCUUUAUUACUA